AUGGAAGCUAAAGAACUCUAUGGAUCUUUGAGCAAAGCUGCUGGCACAAAGCUCGGGGAGCUUAAAGAUAAGACGGAUACUCUACUGCGGACAAAGAAGGUAACAUUAAAGAAUGGAACUUUCAUUACCGCCCGUGAGGUUUAUUUUGCCAUAAUUAAUACCCUAGAAAUCAACAAGCAACUCGACCCCUCGCUACUAGACCUAGACCAGGGUAUAUACGAGCUGAAAGAUCCUACUAAAAACGAAACGGAGCCUAAGGAUCUCGAUAAAAGUUAG